CCUGAGCGAGACGCGCAGCAGAAAGCCCACGUUGGCGGCUGCCGGGAGCGGAGCGCUCAGAGGCGGGAGACUGCGAAUUCCCGAGCCGACGCCGCAGCCUCUGCUCUGCGCCCGGGUCCUCGUCUCUCCCAUCGCCUCGGAGAGUGGGAUCCUCCGGGUAUCCGAGAGACCGCGGAGCGGAAAGCGAGAUCCUGGCCGCCUCCACUUGGGGAGGCGUGUGGAGAUUCCGAGGGGGAACGACGGUGCCCGAGGGUGGAGGGGCUCUGAGUUUCGGGACAGAGGGAAGUUAAAGCUACCCGGAGAAGUCUGGCUUUUCAGGACCCGAGGUCGCCACAGCCAGGGACCCGCGACGGGGUAAACUUCACGAUCGUCUUACAAGCCAGGAGGGACGUGCACAGGGAUGGUGCCCGGCAUCGCCCCCAGCUCCUGAGUUGUUGCCACGGGUCCCCCUCGGCCAGCCUCCUGCGAGGGCACAGGGCAGCUCACGUGUGCGGAUUGCGAGUGACCGCGCCGUGACCCGUCCAGGGGUGCCGGCUGCAGCGCAGUCCUGCCUAGGACACACCUGGCUCAGCCCGUGCGCCUCCAGAGACCCGUGGGAGAGUGGAGAUCCUGGCCGUCGCCCCUUCGUCUCUCCUCCGCCUGGGCUUCUGGGGGCGCCGCGGAUGACCAUGAGAGAUAAGGACUGAGUGCCAGGAACGGGAAGAGAGCCAGCCGAGAGGUGGCGGGGACUGCCCACGCCAAGGGCCACAGCCGCCGCGCUCCGGCCUCGCUCCGCCGCUCGACGCCUCGCGUGGCCCGCCGGGGCAGCCGGGCCGGGCGGCGAUGCCCGGGCUGGGACGAAGGGCGCAGUGGCUGUGCUGGUGGUGGGGGCUGUUGUGCAGCUGUGGACCCCCGCCACUGCGGCCGCCUCUGCCGGUAGCCGCGGCCGCCGCCGGGGGGCAGCUGCUGGGAGCCGGCGGGAGCCCGGUGCGUGCCGAGCAGCCGCCGCCGCAGUCCUCUUCUUCGGGCUUCCUCUAUCGGCGGCUCAAGACCCACGAGAAGCGGGAGAUGCAAAAGGAGAUCCUGUCGGUGUUGGGGCUCCCGCACAGGCCGCGCCCCCUGCACGGCCUCCAGCAGCCUCCGUCCCCCGUGCUCCCGCAGCAGCAGACCGCCCGCGAGGAGCCCCCUCCAGGGCGGCUCAAGUCCGCUCCGCUCUUCAUGCUGGAUCUCUACAACGCCCUGUCCGCCGACGACGAAGAGGAUGGGGUGUCGGAGGGAGACAGACCGGAGCCCGGGCCCCACGGAGGGGCCAGCUCGUCCCAGCUCAGACAGCCGUCUCCGGGCGCUGCACACUCCCUGAACCGCAAGAACCUCCUGGGUCCGGGGCUCGGCGGCGGCGGCGGCGGCGGCGGUGCGUCCCCAUUGACCAGCGCGCAGGACAGCGCUUUCCUCAACGACGCGGACAUGGUCAUGAGCUUUGUGAAUCUGGUGGAGUACGACAAGGAGUUCUCCCCACGCCAGCGACACCACAAAGAGUUCAAGUUCAACCUAUCCCAGAUUCCUGAGGGUGAGGCGGUGACGGCUGCAGAGUUCCGCGUCUACAAGGACUGUGUUGUGGGGAGUUUUAAAAACCAAACUUUUCUUAUCAGCAUUUACCAAGUCUUGCAGGAGCAUCAGCACAGAGACUCUGACCUAUUUUUGUUGGACACCCGUGUAGUGUGGGCCUCAGAAGAAGGCUGGCUGGAAUUUGACAUCACAGCAACCAGCAAUCUGUGGGUGGUGACACCACAGCAUAACAUGGGGCUGCAGCUGAGUGUGGUGACUCAGGACGGACUCCACGUCAACCCCCGUGCGGCGGGCCUGGUGGGCAGAGACGGCCCUUACGACAAGCAGCCCUUCAUGGUGGCCUUCUUCAAGGUGAGCGAGGUCCAUGUGCGCACCACCAGGUCAGCCUCCAGUCGGCGUCGCCAGCAGAGCCGCAACCGUUCCACCCAGUCACAGGAUGUGUCCCGGGGCUCCAGUGCUUCAGACUACAACAGCAGUGAAUUAAAAACAGCCUGCAAAAAGCAUGAGCUUUAUGUGAGCUUCCAGGACCUGGGAUGGCAGGACUGGAUCAUUGCACCCAAAGGCUAUGCUGCCAACUACUGUGAUGGAGAGUGUUCCUUCCCACUCAAUGCGCACAUGAAUGCCACCAACCACGCCAUUGUACAGACCUUGGUUCACCUUAUGAAUCCUGAGUACGUCCCCAAACCAUGCUGUGCACCAACUAAACUGAACGCCAUCUCGGUUCUUUACUUUGACGAUAACUCCAAUGUCAUCUUGAAAAAAUACAGGAAUAUGGUUGUGAGAGCUUGUGGAUGCCAUUAAGUCAAAGCUGGUUGUGGGGGUGACUCUGCCUUGGAUUCCUAACUAAAUCUGCCUUAAAACACAUGAAGCAGCACAGUGAAGUGGGAUGAUGACUCUCUGGAAGCAUCUCCUGCUGGUGCCUUAGCCCAAGGGGGGUUUUAUGAAGACCUUGCUGAUGACUUCCCCAGUUCAUAACCGAGCAGUUGCUCGUCUGUCGGAAGUUGUAAUGCUUUCAGUGCAGGCCUGGGAACUGCAGAAACAUGCCUGAGCUCACUUCCUUCAGUCCCACCCAGACUAAUUUUAGCGUUUAGACCUAGCUGUUUGUGGUGUAAGUAGAGAAUAACCUCGAAGGAAUAUUAAAUAUCCCCUGGCUGAAGGACCAGCUGGUUCAGUAGCACUCAUCAGUGGGAGAUUGUGCAGAUAACAGACUGGAGGGGAAGAGAGAGCUCUAUCACUCCCUUCCCAGCAAGGCCAGCUCACCCAAGACCUGCAUCCUGGCCAUCAACAUGCUUUGUGGAGGUGCCUUUUGUCUGUGGAUGCAGUUACAUGUUUUUUGUUGACUCUUGGUGGUGUGAAAUGUACUAAUUUUAUUCAAAACAAUCUGUUGCAUUUCUACACCUCCCUCCUCCCUUAGUUUCUGAAUUCUUUACUAGAACCCAAAGUAGACAGACCAUACUUUGUGGUAGGGCCAUGAGCAUCUGCAGUAGCCUCCCUCUAAACCAUGUAACAGCAGAAAGUGAUUCUGCACCUCUUAGGCAGACUGGCUGGACAAGCACAUUAACAUCAGGAACACUGGCUCCAACACACCAGCUCUUCUAACUCUGUUCUUUGCCUUUUCCCUACAGUAGUAUUCCAUGGCUCAGGGCUCGUCUGCAGCAGAAACCCACAGAGGAAGGGCCCCUGCCUCUAAGAAUGGGUUUGUUGAGAUAAGCAUGCCAUUUGUGAACCAAAACCACGAUUUCCUCUUGUAGAAAGUAAGACUCAGAUUAAAUCUUAGAAUAUUUUUUAGAUGUCUUUUUCACAAUCAUGUACUGGGAAAGCCAAUUUCAUACUAAACUGAUUAAAUAAUACAUUUACAAUCUGUAACUGUA